CCAUUUUCCGCUGGUAUAAAAACGAGCAGCAGAGAGACUGGGUCAGCUCCACACGGUUUCGAGUCGCAGGAAACCAACAGAGGUCACUUUCUCAUCAUUGCCUGCUGGCCCCGUGAGAGUCAGAGAGGAUGUUAAUGAUGAUGAUGAUGAUGAAGAAGAAGGGGUCCAAGUCUGUGGCCGUGGUGGCUCUUCUUCUGGCCUCAGUUAACUGCCUCCUUCCUCCAUCCAAAGAAGAUCUGAACCAGAUCUCACUCCAGGGAGAAAAGUAUCUGGAUAAACAGAUUGAAACCGCUGUUAACGGAGUGAAGGAGAUGAAGAGCGUGAUGCAGACAUCUUCGGAGGACCACCAGAGGGUUUUGGAUGUUCUGGAGAAAACCAAGGAGCAGAAAGAGGAAGCCGUGCUCAUGGCUCAAGAGAUGGAGGCCAAACUGGAGCAGGAGCAGGAGGUCUGCAACGAGACCACCAGGGCUCUGUGGGAGCAGUGCAAGCCCUGUCUGAAGAACACCUGCGUGAAGUACUACUCCCGGACAUGCAGCAGUGGAUCUGGACUGGUGGGCCGCCAGCUGGAGGAGUUGCUGAACAGAACGUCUCCCUUCUCCAUCUGGAUCAACGGGGAGAACACAGGCGUCCUGGAGCAGGAGGGGCAGCGUCAGCGCAAAGUGUUCAACAGCCUGCAGGAACAAUUCACAGAGAUGACCGAUGUUGUGGACAACCUGUUUUCAGAGAGUUUGAAGGUGGCCAAUCACGUGCACUUCAGCACCCCAGUGUUCUUUUUUCCCAAUUUCCUGGGACCGAGCCGAAGCAUUCGCUCUCUUUUCAACGAUCCGCUGCACGGCUUCCAGGACAUGUUCUCCCCCAUGAUGGACAUGGGCAGGAACCUCUUCAGCUCCAUGGGCUCCAUGGCCGACGUCCACUCGGACACGGCUCCUAGCGAAGACGGCAGCGUGAACGAGGACGUGGUCAUCACCAAACCUUUUGGCAGCGGCAGGAUGACCUGCAGAGAGAUCCGCCGCAACUCAGCCGGCUGCCUCAAGUUCCGCGAAGAGUGUCAGAAAUGCAAAGAGAUCCAGCAUAUCGACUGCGCCGGGGUGAGGCCUCUGGAGGGCCCUCUGAAGGAGGAGCUGGAGGAGGCGUUGGCCUCGGCCGAGCGCUUCACGCAGCAGUACAGCCGCCUCCUGAAGACCUUCAAGGAGCAGAUGUUCAACACCUCCUCCACCCUGGAUCAGCUCAACAGGGAGUUCGGCUGGGUGUCGUCUCUGGCCAACAGCACCGGCACCAAGGACCACGUCUUCCGGGUCCACGAGGUUAACAUCACAAACACCGAGGGGACAAACGUGUCCGUGCAGCUCUUCGACUUUCCGCCCAUGAGCUUCAGCGUGGACAGCGACAUCCUCUGGACCGACCCCAAGUUCUCCGAGGUGGUGGCCCAGGAGGCGCUGGACCGCUACAAGGAAGCCAGCAUUGUGGUCAAAUAACGUCAUGAACAUACCAGAGAAGAAGAAGAAAUAAAACCCGGUUCUGUUGUCGAUCCUCUUGGAGUCCUGCUUUGGCAAACAACUGAAAAUGUAUAUCGUCACAUUAUAGCUCUUUGUCCCUCUGGAAGAGGAGACAUUCCAUAGAUGUAGAUACAGGCCUGCUUAUGUCUAAACUGCAUCAUAAAGGCCUUCAUACAUGUGAGCUGGCUUUGCAACAAGGGCUCAUAGUAUUCAAUAAAUUCUGCUUGCAUUUCUGUUCAAAUUUCAAAUGUGUGUCAUCAAGUCUGAAAGACUUUUUUCCUUUGCAUUCAGCCUCUCUAUCGCAUGAAGAAUAUACAGAUAUGUCUUUUGCCACAUUAGAACAAACAUUUGGUUUGUUGCAAAGAUUUGUAGAAAACUAAAGUUUAGAGCAAGUGAAUUUAAGCUGUUUAUAAGUCGAUGUCGCUGUGACCUGAGUUGGUUGGUUAUCUGGCGUUAAACUCACGAAGUGGAGAGAUCUAAGUCGGGGAACAGGAGGUGAUGAUGCUCUGGAUCGCUUUGAGCCCCUCUGUACAAGAGUCUAUCAUGAAAGAAUAGACAUUAAUAAAACCUGCUCAACCUA